GAGGAAGGACCGAUUAACUUGUGACGUAAUUCCUCUGCGCCAAGACAAGCGGUGUCGUUGAGGAAAACAAAUGAUCCAGAUCCCUUCAUCUGUUGUUUAAUUUUAUUCCUGCAUAUUGACUUGAAUUUCUUCAUAAGGGCGGUUUCACGGCGAAAGGCGCUCAGUAUGGCGUUAAAAUCUGGAGAAGAGCGCCUGAAGGAAAUGGAGGCAGAGAUGGCGCUGUUUGAGCAGGAGGUGUUGGGAGGACCUGUGGCAUCUACAGUGGUUGAAGCUGUUCCAGUCGCUCUGGCAAUGCCAGCCGUACCCAUGAUCAGGCCCAUUAUUGGCACGAACACCUACAGACAGGUCCAGCAGAGUUUGGAUGCAAGAGCUGCCACUUUAGUUGGCCCGCCGCCUACAUUUGUUGGUCCUGCUAUGCCGGCAGUAGCGCCGCCUCCAAUGAUGCGUCCAGCAUUUGUCCCGCAUGUCUUACAGAGACCAGUGGGUCAGAGAAUGCCACUAAUGCGUGGUCCACCUCCUCAGGGCAUGAUAGCACCUCCUCUUCCCAGACCUCCACCUCCUCCACCCAUGAUGAUGGCUCCACCAAUGCCAGGACCUCCUCAGCCCUCCAUGGGUCCAGUUGGACCACCCAUGGGGCCCAUGCCUCCAGUUGGAAACAUGAACCCUAUGCCUCCGGCACCACAGCGGCCCAUGAGUCAAGCCCCUGCGAAGAUCACUCCCAGUGUUAUACAGGCGGCCCCACGGUUACACAGCACCCCUGCCCCAAAGAGAAUCGACUUCAAGAGCCAAAAACAAGCACGCAUGGAGGAGUUGUCAGCAUUGGUGGCGGAGCAGCAGGCCGCAGUCAAGGCAGCUGGGCUUCUGGAAUUGAAGAAGGAGGUGGUCCCUGAUGACAGCAAGAUCGGGCCGAGCAAGCCAGAGCCUGAGCCUACACAUGUUGAGCCUGCUGAUACCAGCACAGAAGACAAGAAGAAAGGGAAACAGGAAAAGCAGAAGAAAUGCAUCCGGGUGGCAGCUGGUGUCACAUGGGAGGACACCAGCCUAUUAGAGUGGGAAACAGAUGAUUUCCGGAUAUUUUGUGGAGAUCUGGGGAAUGAGGUGAACGAUGACAUUCUGGCGAGAGCGUUUAGCCGUUAUCCAUCCUUCCUGAAGGCGAAGGUUGUUCGAGACAAACGCACUGGGAAAACAAAAGGUUACGGCUUCGUGAGUUUUAAAGACCCCAAUGAUUAUGUGCGCGCCAUGAGAGAAAUGAACGGGAGGUAUGUGGGCAGCAGACCCAUCAAAUUGAGAAAGAGUUCAUGGAAGGACCGCAAUCUGGAAGUUGUGCGUAAGAAACAGAAGGAGAAAAAGAAGUUGGGACUGAGAUAAUCCAUCUACACUGACACUGUGGACUUGAUUUGUUUGAUCCAGGUCAUAUAUGACGAGUAGGAGUCAGUCACAAUCCUCCAUUAGUUACAAACAAGCGACUGUCAACGUCCCACAUGGCCCUUAUUACUAAUAAAUCUACAUUUAUUUUCAUGUGUAUUGUCACACACUCUCUCACUGCAUGCUGUAAAAAUCUUUCACUUGUCCAGAAUGCAUCAAGAGAGAUUUUUAAACGUGUAGUUAUGAAACUAGUUUGGAUAUUGGUUUUGUACCCCAUGCCCCCAUCCAUGUCAUAAACAUUUAACUUCAAAGUUCAGGCGGCAGUUACGUUUGUUGCUAUACCAGGUGGAUGUUUGAAUUAAUUAUGUGUAAAAAAUAAUGCAAAUUUUUUCAAUAAACUGGAGUUUCUUUAGUUUCAA